GCCACAGCCCGUCCUGCUUCCCAUUUCGCUUGAGAUGGCAAAGAGAAGGUUCUGCUCCUUCUCCAACCUCAGGAUCAGGGAGGUGGUCCCUGUCUAUUUCACAAUGUUGGCCGUCUUUAUGAUUCUCCUGGUGGCCUCGCUACAGGGCCCAUCCCGGCAGCAGAAGUCAUCCUUCCCUUACCAGGUACCACUGGAUCCCCAAGGUUCUCUCCAACUCUACUGGAAUGUUAGUUACUCCGAAAAAGUGGUCUACUUCCGGAUCCUGAUUAAAGACCUGAAAUUCGGGCUGAUUUUUGGGAUGUCGGACAGAGGAGACUUUGAAGAUGCCGACAUGGCCGUGCUCUGGACCAAUGAACUGGGCUCUUUCUUUGGAGAUGCCUGGAGUGACCAAAAGGGGCAACUCCACAUGGAUUCCCAACAAGACUAUGAACUGCUGAAUGCCCAACAGUCUCAGGAGGGUCUCUAUCUUCUCUUUAGAAGACCAUUUGCCACGUGUGAUCCAAAGGAUUAUCUAAUAGAGGAUGGGACCGUUCAUUUAAUCUAUGCUCUGCUUGAGAAGCCAUUCUCCACUCUUUCUUCUAUUGAUGUCUCUGCCAUAAAAAAUCGGGGACUUCAGAGAGUUCAACUCCUCAAGCCAGACCUGCCCAUUCCCAGACUCCCAGCAGAUGUCCUCAACAUGGAAGUCAGGGCCCCCCAGGUUUUGAUUCCAGCCAAAGAAACCACCUACUGGUGCCAUAUCACGGAGCUUCCUAAAGACUUUACGAAGCACCACAUUGUCAUGUACGAGCCUGUGAUUACAAAGGGACAUGAAGCCAUCGUCCAUCACAUUGAGGUCUUCCAAUGUGCCUCGAACUACUACACCAUUCCCCGAUACGAUGGACCAUGUGACUCCAAGAUGAAACCCCAAAGCUUGAACUCUUGUCGCCACGUCUUGGCUGCCUGGGCAAUGGGAGCUAAGGCUUUUUACUACCCAGAAGAAAGUGGUUUGGCCUUUGGUGGGCCUGAUUCUUCUAGAUACCUUCGGCUGGAGGUCCAUUAUCAUAAUCCUCUGGAGUUAAAAGGUCUCAGGGACUCUUCUGGAAUUCGACUUUAUUACACCUCGACCCUAAGAAGAUACGAUGCUGGCAUCAUGGAAGUCGGCUUGGUCUAUUCUCCAGUGAUGGCCAUCCCACCGGGCCAGAAGGACUUCCUUCUGACCGGUUACUGCACGGACAAAUGCACCGAUAGAGCCCUGCCGUCCAACGGGAUCAGAAUCUUCGCCUCUCAGCUCCACACUCAUCUGGCUGGAAGGGGUGUCUCCACCAUCUUGGUCCGGGAGGGUAAAGAAGCCGAGGUUGUGAAUGCUGAUGGCCAUUAUAGCCCACACUUUCAGGAAAUCCGAAUGUUGAAGAAGGCCGUCCAUGUUCUCCCUGGGGAUGUGAUGGUUACCAGCUGUUCGUACAAUACAGAAGACAGGAAAAACAUUACCGUGGGCGGUUUCAGCAUCACGGAUGAAAUGUGUGUAAAUUACGUGCACUAUUACCCACGCACAGACCUGGAGUUGUGCAAGAGCAUGGUGGAUCCCGGGUACCUACAAAAAUACUUCCACAUGGUGAACAGGUUCAACAGUGAUGACGUCUCCACCUCUCCCAACACAACGGUUACCAAGCAGUUCCAGGAGGUCCCAUGGAAUUCAUUCAGCGCUGGGGUCUUGAAGUCCUUGUACAGCUUUGCCCCUAUCUCCAUGCACUGCAACCGGUCGUCCGCCGUUAGAUUCCCAGGGGAAUGGGAAAAGCAGCCGCUGCCGCAGAUCAAUGAAAAGUUACCUUCACCCCCAGCAACCUGUCCGGCCAUGGACCCCGCGAAGUCUAAAGGCCCCACCCUUGUACGGCUGCUGCAGUAGAAAGAUGCAUUCUGGGAUAUCCCAGGGAGGAUCAAACUCCGCCCAUUCACCUGAUCUCUACCUGCAACCAGCAUUGUGUCUGUAGCCAUCAGAGACUCAUUAAAUUAAGAAGCAAUGAUACCCCUGUA